GAUUGCAUUUAUGCAUUAAACAGCUCUUAAACAGUCAAAUAUACAAUUCAUACUAUAAGCUAUUUGUGUGUGAUUUUUCUUUUUUAAAAACUUACAAACAAUAAUAACCUGUCGUAUGUACAUGCCCUUUGGUUACACGCAUGUCACGGCGUCACGCCGUCGCCUAGGUAGCUGGGCGCUGGCUGCUUCAAAUCAAUUGCGUCCAGAAGACUCGCCGAUCGAGCAUGGAGAGUCAGAGCGAUGUCCCGCUCCUCCCGACGCUCCCGCGGCCGCCGCCGGAGAAGAGGGGAGGAGGCAAGAUCCAGUUCCAGGGACGCCUGGGGAGGGAGGUGUGGGAGGAGUCCAAGAAGCUGGGGGCAGUCGUCGGCCCGGCCGUCUUCAUGAACCUGGUCUUCUCCUCCAUGAACCUCGUCAGCCAGUCCUUCGCCGGCCACCUCGGCGACCUCGACCUCGCCGCCUUCUCCAUCGCCAACACCGUAGUAGACGGCUUCAACUUCGCCAUGCUGCUUGGCAUGGCGAGUGCAACGGAGACGCUGUGCGGCCAGGCGUACGGGGCAAAGCAGUACCACAUGCUGGGCAUCUACCUGCAGCGCUCGUGGCUCGUUCUCCUGGCCUUCGCCGUCCUGCUCGCUCCGGUCUACGUCUUCAGCGGGCAGCUGCUCGCCGCGUUCGGCCAGCCCGCCGAGCUCGCGCGCGCGGCGGGCUCGGUCAGCGUGUACUUCCUGCCGUCGCACUUCAUGUACGCCAUUCACCUGCCGGUCAUGACGUUCCUGCAGUGCCAGCGCAAGAACUGGGUGCCCACGGUCGCCACGGCGGCGGUCUUCGCCGUGCACGUCGCCGCCACCUGGCUACUGGUGAAUUGUCUCGGGCUCGGCGUCUUUGGUGUGGCCAUGGCGUUCAACAUUUCCUGGGCGGUCCUGGCGGCGCUGCUGCUCUCGUACGCCCUCGGCGGCGGGUGCCCGGAGACGUGGAGUGGGUUCUCGACGUCGGCGUUCGUGGACUUGAAGGAGUUUGUUAUGUUGUCUGCGUCGUCGGGUGUCAUGGUGUGCUUGGAGAAUUGGUACUACCGGAUAUUGAUUUUCCUCACUGCUUACAUGAAGAGUGCAGAGCUAGCUGUGGAUGCACUGUCUAUCUGUAUGAGUUUGACCGGAUGGGAGAUGAUGAUUCAUAUGGGAUUCUUAGAAGGCACUGGUGUGAGAGUAGCCAAUGAACUCGGGGCCGCCAAUGCACAUGGUGCAAGAUUUGCGACAAUCGUGUCAACAGCAAUGUCCUUUCUGAUCAGCCUCUUCGCUAGUUUACUGGCACUGAUUUUCCACAACAAGCUGGCCAUGAUCUUCUCAUCAAGUGAGGCUGUGAUAGAUGCAGUGGAUAACAUUUCCGUUCUGCUGGCCCUCACCAUCCUUCUGAAUGGGAUCCAACCUGUGCUCUCUGGAGUUGCUAUUGGUUCAGGGUGGCAAGCUCUAGUUGCUUAUGUGAAUGUUGGAAGUUACUACUUUAUUGGUGUUCCUCUUGGUGUUCUGCUAGGAUGGCGUUUCAACUAUGGCGUCCCUGGCAUCUGGGCCGGGAUGAUCAGUGGCACAACAAUGCAGACACUAAUUCUGGCAGUGAUCACCCUUCGAUGCGAUUGGAAUAAGGAGGCACUGAAAGCUGGUAACAGAGUGCGGCAAUGGAGUAGCACCAAGUGAGCUUGGAGCCUUUAUGCCAUGACACAGAAGUAACCACAUUUAUUCGCUGAAGUCUAUCUUACUUCCAAUGGUCACGCCAACCCUGUAAGGCGUAGGUAAUUUUAGUGUAAGGUGUACGUAGGUAAUUUUAGUUUGUACUAUGCCAAAAUUUUCUAAUUGAAAAUUGACAUUCCAGAGCUUCCUAAAGUUUAGAUAAUAGACGUAUCUUAAAUUUAUGGGGUGAGAAAUAGAAAUAGAUUCAAUUGAUCCCCAUGUGCAUUGUUUCUGCUCUGAACUUAUACCACGCUCUUUGGCUCGCUCACCAGCAGCAGUGUGGCACAUGGGGAUACUCUGCUUGUGAGAUAUACAAGUAUGUUACAUAUUCAUCUUACGAGAUCCGUGACUAAAUUGUAAUUACUGAAUGGAUUUC